ACUGAGAGGCCGGCGGUGAUUGGCUGAGACGCGCUCCCUGAACCUGAGCGCUGGGCACACACAGAGCGGCUCGUGCCCGGUGAUAGAGAUCCGGAGACUGGGAGACUUGUAUCUGUACCGGGGAGAGCAGACAAUGGACCGGACUGGCCGCUGAUGUGGAGGAGUCCCGGGCAUGACUAAAGAAGACUUUCACCACAAGUUUGAUCGAUAUGGCCAGACCCCUCCAGUGGGCUCGUCACAGAUGGCAGGAAGUGGCACAGACAGACGGCAGCAGCAACGAAACCCAAAGGAGUGCCUCAGCAACGCGAUCGUACCUGAAAUUCUGCAGAACUACCGACACGGGGAGCGGCACUUCUAAACAUAGGGUGGUUGUCCCAUACCUGGACCAGUUCAAGGAUGAGUAUGACCGGCUAACUAAAGGCUACAAGAACAACAAGAUACGGACCACUAACUACACUCUACUGAACUUCAUACCACGGAACCUAUUUGAACAGUUUCACAGAGCAGCCAAUUUGUACUUCCUCUUUCUGGUCUUCUUGAACUGGGUCCCGCUGGUGGAAGCGUUCCAGAAGGAGAUCACUAUGCUCCCCUUGCUGGCCGUCCUCACUAUUAUUGCGAUCAAAGAUGGACUGGAAGACUACCGAAAAUAUAAGCUGGACAAGGUCAUCAACCAUUUGUUGACUCAGGUGUACUGUAGCAAGGAGAAGAAAUAUGUGGAGUGCUGCUGGAAAGAUGUUAAGGUGGGGAAUUUUGUCAAGCUCCAUUGUGACGAGGAUAUCCCUGCUGACAUGGUACUGCUACACUCCUCAGAUCCCGAUGGGAUUUGUCAUAUAGAGACAUCAAGCCUUGACGGAGAAACAAACUUGAAACAGAGGCAGGUGGUGAAAGGAUGUGUCACGGAUUUUGAGUUUGAGCCUGAAAAGUUUUCAAGCAGAAUACAGUGUGAAAUGCCCAAUAGUGACAUUGGAAGGUUCAAGGGAUUCCUUGAAAGGUCAUAUCCAGACAAGGAUAAAAUUGGACUGAAUAAAGAAAAUGUGUUACUGAGAGGAUGCGUUGUGAGGAAUACCGAAGCUGUCAUUGGUAUUGUGGUAUAUGCAGGACAUGAGACUAAAACAAUGCUAAAUAACAGCGGACCAAGAUACAAGCGCAGUAGACUGGAGAGACGGCUUAACUCGGAUAUACUGUGGUGUGUUCUCCUAUUGUUGAUCAUGUGCCUGGUUGCAGCUAUCGGGCAUGGGAUCUGGCUGAUGCGUUUUCAUGAACCUCCAAUUUUCAACGUUCCCAAACCGAGUGGCGAGCACACUCCUCCAGCAUUGGCUGCCUUUUACAUGUUUUGGACAAUGAUAAUCCUUCUGCAGGUGUUGAUUCCAAUCUCCCUCUACGUCUCCAUUGAAAUUGUUAAACUGGGGCAAAUGUACUUCAUCCAGAAUGACCGAGAUUUCUACUGUGAAAAGUCUGAUUCUUUGAUCGAGUGCAGGGCGCUGAACAUUUCGGAGGACCUGGGCCAAGUGCAGUACAUUUUCUCAGACAAAACUGGCACUCUUACAGAGAACAAGAUGGUAUUCCGUAGAUGCAGCAUUGCGGGUGUGGAAUAUUCCCAUGAAGCCAAUGCCAAACGACUGCAGUCCUAUCAAGAUCCUGAUCUACACUGUGAAGAAUAUAUGGAUCCAUUCUCCUCCAGGAGUGCAGCUCUCAAGUGCAAGAGUCAAAGCCCCAAAUCAGUGAGAAGCAUGCCAAGCAACAAGUCCCUAAACAAGCUGUCUGCAAGUGGUUUAGAACUGAGAGGAGAAGGCGAUGGAACUGGUUCUCUGCCACAACCAAGACAUUUUGCAUUCAGCAGCCCCAUGGAGAAGGAUGUGUUUCCAGAUCCUGGACUAGAGGGAAAGUUUUACCAGAUCAGCCCUCCGGCUCUGUAUCAAUCGAAUGGCUGCGAAGAGAUGACACUGGAGGCCUCCUACAUCCUGGACUUCUUCCUUGCUUUAGCCAUCUGCAACACUGUGGUGGUGUCAUUACCUAAUCAGCCCCGGCAGAAGCAGGGAAGAAUGACAUCACUAUUACGAAGCCCAAUGAAAUCCCUGGAGGAAAUCAAGCAGAUGUUUCAGAGGUUCUCUGUCCGCAAGAUAAGCGCAGCCACACUUCUGGGUGCCAAAGAUUCUUCUUCAGAAUCCUCCAAUAACUUUGUGUAUAAACUGCCCUUUUUCAGCAAAAUGAAGUUGACUUCUCCUGUUGAGGUGGACAAAACCUUGGAGGCCAGCUUAGACUCUACCAGGGAGACCUUGCCGGAAGGCUUGGAGAAAUCUGACCCUACAGAUCCUGUUGCUGACCAAGAUAAGCCUGGCACAUGUGAGGUGGACUAUGAGGCCGAGUCUCCUGAUGAAGCUGCACUGGUGCAUGCUGCCAGAGCUUAUAAAUGCAUUCUUAUGUCCCGGACACCUGAUCAAGUCACUGUAGAACUGGGCACUAUUGGGUCCUUGACAUUUCAGCUGCUGCACAUUCUACCAUUUGAUUCUGUCAGAAAAAGGAUGUCUAUUGUAGUUCGCCAUCCACUGGCAAAUAAGGUUGUGGUGUACACUAAAGGAGCAGAUUCUGUUAUAAUGGAUCUCCUAUUCCCUACAUCUGAUGAUAACAAAACAGACGUCUUGCAAACGGACAUCCGAAUGUUAACACAAAGGCAUUUAGAUAGAUAUGCCAGGAGCGGACUCCGCACUUUAUGUAUUGCUCAAAAGGUGAUGAAUGAGGGAGAGUAUGCAGAAUGGUUACAGUCUCACUUUCUAGCAGAGACCAGUAUUGACAAUCGAGAAGAGUUGCUGUACGAGUCUGCGCUCAGACUGGAAACCAAUCUUACUCUACUUGGGGCCACUGGAAUAGAGGAUCGUCUGCAGGAAGGAGUCCCAGAUACAAUCGAGUCCUUGAGAGAAGCUGAUAUUAAAAUCUGGAUGCUUACCGGGGACAAGGAAGAAACGGCGGUAAAUGUUGCCUAUGCCUGCAAGCUGCUGGAACACAGUGACAAAAUUCUGACCCUGAGCAGACUGGACAAUGGAACUUGUGAAGUGUUGAUGAACCACAUGACUGCUGAGAUCGAAAGCCAUGUUAACUCAAGUGACCCUUUAAAGAAAGAGCAGCACUUUGCCUUGAUCAUAGAUGGAAAGAGCUUGGAAUUUGCCCUGCAGGAAACCCUACAGAAAAGGUUCCUCUACCUCACCAAGCUGUGCAGAGCAGUCAUCUGCUGCAGGGCAACUCCGCUGCAAAAGAGCCAAGUGGUUAAACUGGUCCGGAAUAAUUUGCAGGUCAUGACUCUAGCUAUCGGUGAUGGGGCCAAUGAUGUGAGCAUGAUUCAAGUAGCUGACGUUGGGAUUGGCAUUUCUGGCCAAGAAGGCAUGCAGGCGGUAAUGUCAAGUGACUUUGCAGUGUCUCACUUCAAGCACCUGAGGAAGUUACUGCUUGUUCAUGGUCACUGGUGCUAUGUGCGCCUUGCCAAUAUGAUGCUAUACUUUUUCUACAAAAAUGUUAUGUUCGUGAAUCUUCUUUUCUGGUACCAGUUCUUCUGUGGUUUCUCAGGAACAGCAAUGACAGAUUUUUGGAUGCUAAUUUUGUUUAACCUGAUCUUCACAUCUGUGCCACCUAUAAUUUAUGGUAUUCUCGAUAAAGAUUUAUCUGCAGAAACCCUUAUUGAGCUUCCCGAGCUCUACAAAUCGGGACAAACAUCAGAGGUUUACCGUUCGUCAACGUUCUGGGUCACCAUACUGGAUGCGUUCUACCAAAGCUUGGCAUGUUUCUUCAUUCCUUACUUUACUUAUUUUGGCUCUGAUAUGGAUAUCUUUUCUUUUGGGAGCUUCAUCAUAACAGCAACCCUGUUUGUGGUUUUGCUACACCUUCUAAUUGAAAGCAAGAGCCUGACAUGGAUUCACUGGACAGUGAUGGUUCUCAGUGUUCUCGCCUACUUUGUCUUCUCCUUGGCUCUUUCGGCAGCUUGUGUGAACUGUAUCCCACCAGCAAAUGUAUACUGGAUCUUUCACACUCAUUUGGCUGACCCAGUGUUCUAUCUUGUGUGUAUCAUGACUGUAGUAGUUGCACUUUUACCAAGGUAUGUUUACAGGAUAUUUCAAGGCUCGUUGUUCCCCACUCCCCAGCAAAGGGCUAAGCAGCUGGACGUGAUGACUGCUGAAGACCGUUUACGUGCCAUUAAACAUUGGUAUACUCCAAAGAUUGCACGGCGUAACAGUGCCUCAUUUUAUAUUGUGCCAGCAGGUGGCAGCAUAGCAACAGAGGAUGAAGAAGCUUUGUCUGUCUAAGAAGGUUGCAUAACAUAUUAACUUUAUUGUUAAGACAGAAGACAUUGACCCUUUGUUUCUCAAGCGAUUGCACAGUCAUUGUUUAUUGCUAAAAUAUACUGGUAUUAUGUGCAUGGUGCUAAUAUUUUAAGUAUGACGAAGGAGGUAAUCUGCUACUUUAAGAUUUUGGGAUCUACAGCUCAAAGCCUAGACCCAAUCUACCUGCGUAAAAGGGAUCUGCUUGGCCAUAAAUAACGGGAUAACUGGUUGAAUGUAGAGGUUGCAAUUUAUUCAUUCCAGCUUAUCUUGUUGCACUUUCGUACAUUUUAUAAUACAGUGUUAAAUAUUUUUCCGAAGACCUGUGCUAAUUCGUUGCUAGUUUUUCCUCAGUACUUGAAGAAAAUCUUGUUAAGAGUAUAACCAAGAAGUCUACUUUUCUACAAGGGUUUGUCUGUCAAUUUCUCUUGGACAGCUGACCGGAUACAAAGUAGACCUACAGCACUCUCCUACAGCACCACCUGCCGGUCAGGUAUUAUGUGCAAGCCAUUCAGAUGUAGUGAUCCUCUAAGAGCCAUUACUUCUGAAUGGUCACACUUAAGCGACAUAUGUGUAACAAGUGUAUUGGGAAUGGGACCAAUACAUGCAUUUGGCCUGGGAAGCACACUGUACAGAGAGUCCAGAAGCAGUGUGCAAAUUUGGAUCUCAAAAUCCUCAUGGUAAAGACACGCUUGAGUAUUUUACAGUAGACUUGUUACAUUUCAUAAUAUAAAGGACCCUUUAAUAAAAUAAGUUCACAGUGCAGUAUCAACCAAUAGGGUUUGUUACCCUUUACUGCUAAGAGCCAAUCUUAAUUUUCAUCACUGCUCUUUACACUUGGUUAGGAAGAGAGCUUGUGUUGCUUGGUGGAGAGGUUGAAUUAAAUUGGAUAUCUAGAUGACCUACCUCCUUAUUUAGUAAGACUAGGAGUAAUGUACACAGAGCAGUACCCCAGAGCAGGUAGUCACAAAUCUUAGCCCAUCGUCUGAGCUCUUUGCCCUUCUUUGUUAAAAAAAAAUCUGGCCAUGUGUGCCCAAUUUUUGCUAUCUUUCUAGUUCAAACUACUUGGCUGAUCUUGACGUUAUUCAGGAAGUAUUCAUCAGUUCUCUCGUGUGCGCUCAUUCUGUAUAUACAUCCAUAAGGACUGAGAUCAUAGGUGUCCUUCAAAGCUUCCAAAAUAAUCUUUUCAUAUACAGCCUCUUCAUUACCAAAUAUGUUAUUCCAGCAUGUUUCGUUACAGUCUUUGUGUAGCGGAUUUGUAUUAUGUAGUUGUGAUCAGGCUGACUUUUAUAGUAUUUCUAGAUCAGACACAUUAGAUGUUUUCUCCUACACUUCCAGAAGGAAGCUAUACAUAGUGAUACAUAAUAAUGGCUGCUGUGCAGCACCUCUAGGACCAAUUGGGUCUAAACUAUGCUGGUUCAUGUAUUACUCUUUUUUAUAUUUGAAGCACUGCCAUUUUUGUACAUGUUGCUUUUCUGCAGCUUAACUUGAAAAUUUUGCUAACCGCUUGUUUUUAUAAGAUUAUGCAUUUUUGUCUAGAAAACAUUGCUGAACUCAAAAUGGGCUGGAUGUACAUUACUGCAUGUCCUUAUAUAUACCAUUGUAUGUAAAUGUGAACUUAUACAGUUUAACUCUUUUAUGUUUAGAUCACUACAAAUCUUAUUUAACCACAGGCCCAAAGAGCAAUUAUUUUCUGAUUUCUAGAGCAAGGCAAUGCACGAUGACAUCUGAUUGGCUGAUGUCAGUUACUUAAUUUUGCCUGCUUCUCUUUGCCUUAUCCAACAAAAAAUUUAAUUGAGGACAAUUGUAUUGUGUAUGAAAUCCAGUAAUCUAGAGAGGUCAGAUCCCCACGUACAGAAGUUAGAACAGUAAAAAACAGAUUGGUGUAAAUGGGGAAAUUUGCAUUUUAUUUUUUUUGGUAAUUCUUUUACUCAAUUUACUUUUCCUGUUUAAAGUAAACCCACCACCAAACUGAGCCAUUCAGUCUGAAAAUAUGAUACAAACCACAUUUAAAUGGAGCGGAUUCGGGUGAAAUCAGCAGGGGAUUUAUCAGGAUCACAUCCGUAUUCAGUCAGUACAGAGCCCACUCUGCUCUAUGGGCAGCCGGGUGUAAAUGGACUGUGCUGCCCAAUUUACAUCUGCUACCUCCAAUCCGGUCAAGCCACAUUGGAAAAGACAGCCAUCCUCUUCCCUUUUUUUUUGUUUGUUUAUUUUUUAGUAGGCCUGAUCAGACCCGAUGGUAGGUGGGUGUAUGCGGACACAAGUCAGUUUUGCACCUACCUGUCCAUAAGAUAAAAUCAGUUGCCUUUAUAUCCAAAACUACUGAUUAUCUCAGCCUGUAGUUACAUGUAGGAAUACAGAGUUACAAGUUUAUUACUAAAAUGUAAAAAAAAAAAAGUAAUGCUAUGCACCAAAUAAACAUAAUAAAAGUGUUAAGUACUGUAGCAUAGAUGAACAAAUGUAUUAACGAUUAAUCUUAAUUAAUUCAUCUUCAAUGCUUAUUCGGAGUAUUAAGGGAUUAGCUGACCAGAAAUAUUGAAGCGACUGGGCCCAUUCUUCCUACAGUUGUCAAAACUGGUAGGUUUUAGUUUUUUCAAAUCUUCUAAAUUUUAAUGAACUUUUUAUGUAAAAUGGCAGUUUUUUUUUUUUUUUGUGAUGCCUAGUAUCACCCAGAAAUAACAGCUAUAACAAACCCCACCCCCAUUGUGAUGCCACCACACAGUCUCAUUGGGUUAGGGAGGGGGGGUUUCCUUUUUGACCCAGCAGCAAAUUCAAUUUUAAUUCAAAAUACAGGUGGAGGCGAGGGGUUUAAACUCCACACGUAUAUGUAUUUCUAAAUGUGAUCUUGUUUUGCAAAAAAUGACAUUAAGACACCCUGCCUACAUUCAUGGUAUCUUGAAAUUUUACUUAAUGUGUACAUAAAGUAAAACAUUUGGUUUUGGAUGGAAUGGGAAAGGGGUUAGAACCACAGGCCAGGGCACCAUUGUUUCACCACUUGCUUUGGUCUCUGAAGAGAGAUCCAUGCUCUUCAGAGAGCAUUUGACAGGCAAUGAGGGGGCGCUGUACCACCUCUUCACUAUCUGCUUUAACCUCUUGAACACCUCACUUGAAUGGGUUAUGGUUCCGCGGGCACUGUGCUUGCCAUAAGCAAUAGAGGGUAUACUUCCUACAAUUGCCAUGAAGCAAAGCAUUACGGUAAAAAUGCUCAACCACAUGGGGUCUUACUGCCCCUCAACCGCUGAUGUAAACCAGCACUUAGAGAUUUACUCGAAGUAAAUCUCCCUACUUGGGCUUGCAGACGGCAAUAAAAACUGACUGGGGUUCUAAUCCAUCUCCACUCUGUUUUGCCUUUAGUUGUACUUAAAAACUCGCCACCACCUGGGUUUUGAUGGACGUGAAAUCGAAUUUGACAACUUGUUUUCAACCCCUUCCUUCUGUGUAUAUAUACAGUAGUCCUAAAAUGACCAUAUACUGUACAGUCAGAUCAUUGACUACAAACCCCAAGAAUUGUCUAUCUGGAUUUAAAGGAAUUUUCUUCUAUCUAGUGCAUCGUAGUAAAAGUAGAAUUGAAUUCUGCGCUCCGUCAUGCUGGAGUAUUUUUGUGAGCAGUACUGAAUUUAUUUCUAAAUACGCUUUCAUUUUUUUAAAAUCCCUUUUCCACUUAUCUAUCCCUAGCAAUGCUUAAAAAUAUAUAAAAAUUAGCGAUUGACCAACAUUGCAGUGGUGACAAGUCUUUGUCCUCCAAUAAUAAUCUUUUGGAUUAAAGGUCAGUAUUGUGGGUGUGUAUAUAUAAUUACUUUAACGACUAACACAUACCUGGUAUCCUCCAGCAGAGAAAUUCUGGUUCUCAGUCACUUUUGCAGAGUUUGUAAAGCAUAUCAUUUAUAUUCAGUUCUCAGGGUUGUCUUUAUUCUAUGCAUCCCCCACCCACAAUGGUGUAUUAUGAAUUAAUUUACGCAGUUGCCAACUCAUUGCUGUGAUUUGUUGCACUGCACAACAUAAAGAUUCUGUGCUGAUUUAACACGGGUAAGGUACUGGCUGAAUCUAGGUAAUUACAGGUUGUGUAUCCCUACUGGCCAUAGAUGGGUAGAAGUUCGAAUGAAAAUUCUUGGGAAAAUAAUGUUCUAAGAAAGGUUGUUUAUUUUUCUAAUCAUUAGUGGGGUCAAAUCGACGUUCAAUUUCGACUGCAGUGCUGAGAAAGUACGAAGGAUCGGGAAGGAAAUUUAUUUUUCUAAUGAACAAAUUUCUAACAUUGUAUGUGGUUUGCAUUUGGUAAAGUCCAUUCAUUCCAAAAACAAAUGUUAAAAGCAAGGAAUCUUUUGGACGAUAUUCUAAUGUUCUGAAAACUUCGUAUGCAUUCUUUUUUUAAGAAUUUUCAUGUGAAAUGCUCUUCAUCUGUGGGCAGCUUCAGACAUGACCCUGAUUUCAGGGCAGGGUUGGCUACUAUGCAUGUGUAUUUACUGUAGUGCCUGUAUUUGUGUUUCUCCUUGACUGCAAAAUAAUCCAGAAUUUUGUACGUAUUUCCUGGCCUACAUUCUGGUAAUGUUUAGGUAUUCCCAUCAAAAAGUAUUUUCUUAUUUGUUUUUAGAGCUUUUUUUAUGCUUUUGUUAUUGUUCGCACAGUAGCUAUUGUAUGUUAUAUUUAUUGCAUAUUAAAAUAAAGAAAAUGGUUUAUUGUUAAA